AUGUUCGGGAGACCAAGGUGCAGGGAAUGGACACCUUUAGCUACUCAACAGUUACGAUUAAGGAGUCUAAUACAGAUUGUUGGUUACAACAUCAGACCCCCAGAGGGCUGCGUCUCCCAUUGCAGUUUCUACAUAACACUGCAUCAUACAACAAUGUCUGCACCAUUCUACACAAGUGAAAGAAUAUCAUCUCCACAUCCAAAAUGGAAGGAGAUCGACUCAGAACUAAUACAGCGUAUGUCCUCAACAAACGUCGUCAUAAGGAUUUGGUGUCACAUCCUCCAUUCUGCGAAUGACAUUGUCACCCAAGACACCGUUAUACAAACAUGGGGGGUUUAUUUUUCAGGUUUACGUUACAUAGGGGCCAAUUUAGCUUUAAAUUUUACCUCCGAUAGCUUCAAAAGCAACACUCUCGUUUUCCAAUUGCACGGUGGCUACUUUUGCUCUUAUAAAAGUCUCAAAUUAGAUGUAAUACCUCCGGAGAACGAAUUGGAACACGGCUCGUUAUCGUCCGAUUCAUCUGGUAGAACGAAUUUGUCCCGAGUGACUUUGGAACCGAAACAUAUCCAGAAUAGGGUUAAAGAUGGUAGAUCGGUAUCCCCGAGUACUUUUACUAGAAAAGUCGAGAAGGAAUAUUCAAAGAGCAACAGUCCAGUCGAUAGAGGUUUCAGGCAAAACUUUCCCACUUUGAAAAACUCCGCUAGUUUGAACAUUGGCCAAAGCCAAAGAGAUAGUAGGAGAAGGGACGAUAGUAAUGAAAGGAAAAAAGCAGUCGAUCCGAAUUAUAUUUAUGAGCAUUCGCCUGACAGCUUAGACGUUACACAUGACGUGAACGGCGCUUUAUCGAAAAACGCGUCCAACGAAGAUCUCAUACGGAGUGAAAUAGAUUUAAGUGAAACAGCAGAGAAUUACGACUUAAGAAGUCAGGUCGAGGGCGAGCCUAAAUGCAGAUAUUUGGCGCUGAACUUUUUGAAGUCAGAAAUACGGCCGAGCUACAAUGCUAGUAAGUUGCAAAAGUUGCAUUUGCUGCAGUAUUCUAUAAAGAAGCGGCAAGAGGCUGUCCAAGAGAUAAAAGAGCGUAUUUAUCAAAAGUCCGCCUUGACGAACGACAGUUGGCCCCAGCCUGACGAAUUGGAUGUCAGAUUGAAGUUGAAAUGUAGAUCUCAGAGGAAUUUGUUCUCACCUGAUGAUGUUGAGAAAGAAACUACGACAUCCCGGGCUGAUUCGUCUGUUAGAAACGGUAGAUUAAAAGAAGAUAAACCUCUUGUGUCAAAUGGGCCAAGGUUAACAUUGAAAUUAAAUGAUCUCCUGUCUUUUAAGUCGAAACCUUCACCAUUCCAAAGGGCUGAGCAUGUUAGACUUACAAAGCAAUUAGAAAUAUUAAGGUUCAAACGUAUUAUAUUAUCGGACGAGAGAGACAACAAGUUCGCUAGCAUUAGAAGACUGAAAGAGAGACGUGCUAAGCUGUUUGAGGAGAACCAGGAUAUUGGUUCAGAACUGAUGGAGAACUAUCACUCUUUGUCCCGUCGCAGUGAAUGUAUAAAAGAGAAUCGUCAAUCGUGCGCGGCGUUGAGGGAAUUAGCUGCGCGUACGCACGCGGCAUUAGCUAGCUUGAGAUGUGAACUUUUAGCUAGUUUACAUGAAAUAUUCUAUAUACAACAGAAAAAUGAUACGACCUGGUCCAUUAUAGACGUGCCUUUACCUAUAUGCGAGGAUGAUUGCCCACGCAACACUAACGCUGUGACCGAUUCAGUAGCGGCUGGAUUUGCUGCGCAAGCGACUUGUUUAGCGGCCGCCUUCUUAAACCAGCCUUUAAGGUACAAAAUCACUUUGCUGGGAUCGGCCAGCAAAAUCUUGGAUAUUACGCCUGAUUUGCCGGACCCUAAUAUACCCAUGUUCGCGAGAGGUGGUGACGUCACAUUGUUUUUGUACGCCAUGUUUCUAUUGAACAAAUGUAUCGCUCAACUGUUGAGGGGGAGGGGCUUGCCCAUAGCGGAUAUGAGGACAACUCUAGCUAAUCUACAGAGGCUACUUUUGACACCGAGCAAUUUAAGCGACACAUCUAAAAUGUUUGGCACAUACAGAUGGAUUGUGGAAAACAACUGUCCACGGACUCAGUCCUUAAGAAGUCUUGUUGCCACAGACAGGGUCAAAUAUAGACAGUUCAAUAGAUUCAAAGAUUCUGUCGACGGGCAAUCUCCACAAUCUGCCUUAAAUCUCAAGCGACAUCGUCAUUCGAGAAGCGUUGGAAGUUAUAAUGAUGAUCAGGGAUUGUCUACUUUAGACGUGUCAACAACUUCAAUCAUGGGAAGCGAACCAAACAUCUACAAUAUGAAAUUAACAGAAACCGUCCCCACAGAAUUAUCCAAUAACGUAUUGAAACAGCACAAUUCCGAUUCUGAAAUAGCAAGACUCACUGAUGAUAUAGAUGAAGGAAAAGCGGACAAAGUGAUAUUCACACUAGGUGAAGAUGCAGAAGCUGAUACUGAAAGCGAUAACAUAGUGUCGCUAGUUAACCAAAAGGAAAAACUAGUGAGAUUGUCAAGCAAUAACUGUGAUGAACUAGGAAUAUCUGGCAUCGAAGACAAUAUGAAAAGGAUAUGUUCUGAAAUCGAAAAUUUCUGUUCGUCUAGUGUAAAUAAGAAUGUGCACGAAGCAUUGGACGUUGUCAAACUGAUGGACAGUAUCAAUGUAGAUACAGUGGAAAGUGAUAAUUUUAAUAGUUUAAAUGUUAAUUGUGAUGAUUUUGAAGAUAGACAAGUUUGCGACUUGAGUUGUGCCAAUGAAGUGACGGAUGUUAUUGUUAUACCAAGUGCUGAAGCUAGUGUGGAGAUCGGUCAAAUUGUAGUUGAAUCCGAUGAGCCUAUACUAUAA